UCUGUGCAUUCUCUCCUUUUGUUUCCAUGUUGUGUCUCUGUCUCACGGAAUUCAGAAAUCCCCCUUUCGGUCAAAUUAUCAUACGUGUCUCGGGCAUGGAGAAUUCCCCUUUCAUCUAACUCAAUUCAAUUCAAUUUCCUCAACUUUAUAUGUAUGUAUGUAUAUAUAUAUAGAGUGUGUGUCUGUGUGUUUGUAUUGAUUUUAGUUAUUUUCUGUCAUCGCUACUUUCUUCCUCUCCUCUAACUUGGCCCAGAAAAGCACAGCAAUGUGGAUAAUGGAGUGCCAAGAACAGUCCCAAGAACUAAAGAUAUAUGAUCGCACCAAGCUCCGACCACUAAUGCCAAGGCCAAUCCAUCACUGCACCUCCAUUUCUGAAACAGUACCCAUUCCUCAUUUUUGGUGUCUGCAAAACCCUAAUUUCCCUUCAUGGAAUCACUUGACUCCUCCAAGUAAUAAUUGCCUGAGCGAUUAUGGAAUAAAAAGAGACAUGAGCAGCAGCAGCAGCAGCGCAGCGCCAUUAGUGAGCUCGAGAUGGAACCCGACUCCGGAGCAGCUGCAGGCCUUGGAAGAUAUGUACCGCCGGGGAAUCAGGACGCCGUCGGCCGAACAAAUCCAGCAAAUCGCUGCCAAGCUUCGGAGGUUUGGUAAAAUUGAAGGCAAGAAUGUGUUCUACUGGUUUCAGAACCACAAGGCAAGGGAAAGGCAGAGAAAACGUCGCCAUGAAAUGGAGCUGUUGGCUGGAAAAAAGUUUCGCCAUGUCGACUCUACUCCAACAGAUCGAACACAGUUGUCAGGAUUACGCAGAAGGGAUUUGGAAAUUGAACACCAUCAUCCUAGGAAGAUGGCUACACACUCAAACAGCAACACAGCUACUACACAGUAUUCUGCAUCGAUAAAUAUCGGGGCAGCCGCAGCAACAGUUGUGAAAGAAUUGGACAAUGAGGUAUUGCAGCAGCAGCAGAUUUCAGCAGCAGCAGCAAAGAGUACUGAAAGCAGCAGCUGCUGCUGGCAAUUGGACUUGUCGUCUUGUUUGUCCCCCAACAACUCCUCAUUACGACAAGGAAAUUCAAACCAGCCUUGUUUUGGUUCUGGGUGUGCAUUCGACCUAGGCAGUUUGCUGCCCACCAUUAAUGAUGAUUUUGGAGGUGGUGACGAUGAUGAUCAUACUACUCUUCAGCUGUUCCCAGUUAAGGCCCAUGGUUUGAUGAACGUGAACACCUCUGCUCAGGACAAGAAGGAGAAGCAGAUUGAGGAGGUUGAUGAUGAUAAUGACGAUGACGAUGAUGAUCGUGUUUGUGCUGAUUUUUCACCCAAUCAGUUUUUUGAGUUCCUUCCUAUAAAAGGUAAUGAUGGGAUGUAAUUGUGAUUGGGAUUGUGAGAGAUGGGAUGGUCUUUUGUAUGGAUUAAUUAAUGACGUUGAGAUGAUUGAUUGAUUGAUUAUGAUAGUGGAAAUAGAAUCGUACUAUAUAUAUAUAUAUAAAGAUAUAUAUUUAUAUUGUGGCCCCAUGCACGGAGGGUAACUUGAUUUCCUUGUUAAUGCAUUAACUUCGAAUGCCUGCCAUUAUAAUAGUUCUGCUUCUGCAAUUGAAUUUGAGAGAGAGAGAGAGAGAGAGAGAGAGAUCUAGAGAGAGAUUUGUAAAUAACAUGUUCGCUUCUGCUCCGACAGAUCAGGUUCUUCUCACAUUACU